AUGUUGCCUCCGUCACAGCGCUGUAAAGACCAAACCACAAAAGAGCCUACUGGACCGUUCAAACGAGAUCAUCUGCUAAAAUAUCUUGAAGACCAAGCGAAAAGUGAAAAAGACUGGGAAGAUGUUGUACCGUUCUCACCAGGAAUCAAGAGAGGCAAAGUUUGGGAAGGAGAUAGCGGACGUAACUCUGCUGAAGGUGAUACACGGGAUUCGGGUGUUGCUGGCAUGGAAAUGCCGAUCGAGUUAGACUUGGAUGAUGAA